CCUUGCGCUGGAGCUGCCUUGGUUCGGCAGCAUCCGAGCUCCUGUGCACCACCAGCCGACCGCAGGUGGCCUGUCGUCACGCUUGAGUUGAUAGACAGUCGCUAGUGAUUGUCCCUUACACCCGCCAAUCCGAACAUGUCGACCUCCGUGUGGCCGCCCAUCGACGCCGCCGAGCUGGCCCGCGAGCAGGUCAAGUCGCAGCAGCGCGAGCUCGACUGGCUGCUCGUGCAGCUGAAGGAGACCCUGCAGUCGCUCAAGGCCGGGCUGGAGGAAUGCGCGGCGCUGCUGGCCCCGUCAGAGAACGGCUUGACGCUGGUCUUGACUUCGGUGCGCUCAGAGAGCCUCAAGGGCCUCAUCACCCGCGUCGGCACGCGCAUUGUCAAGGGCAACGUCAAGCUGCGCAUCGCAACCCUCCCCCCGCCGCGCGGCUCCCAGUCAUACGACGUCGCCAUCUCCUCUGCACCGACUGCACCUACGCUGGUCGUACCGCAGCUCACCUCGGUGCGCACCUCCAUCAAUAGCUGCCUGGAUGCCAUCGACGUCGUCUCCUGGGGCGGCGACGCGACCAACGCCAGCUUCGUCGCCGGCCAGCUGCAGCUCCUGCACGACCAUAUACUCGAGGCGCGCCAGGCUCUCAAGGGCUACUCGGACGUGCAGAUGUCGUGGUGGGAGAACCCCGUCGACGAGAACACCUUCGACCCGCCGCUGCCCCCGAACGUGUCCUUCCACAUGUUCGUCUUCGAUGCCGCACUGUGUCUUGAGAUUCGCACGCUGGAGACCAAGCAGGAGGAGGAGGCUGCCUCGUUCACAGGCUUCAAUUUCCGCGACCGAUUGUCGUCAGCACUCGGUGGCACGCGCACGCCUGUCCACGACGAAGCCGAUAAAUUGUACAGAUACAAGGGCCAAGACGUCCGCGUCAAAGAGAAGAUCCGUGUCGAAACCCAGGACCCCGCGCUGAUAUCAGCCUCGGCCAAGCUCAACGCUCUUGAACACAGCCUGAUGCUAAGCCGCAAGGCCUUGGACAUCGUGAUGGGACGCGACGAGCCGGAGAACUGAAUGCGACAAACCGUUGACAGCAGGCAAUUAUCGUCGCCUUUACUCGCAAUCCACGGCCGCUGAUUGGCCGCAUCCGUCGACAUGCACCACGCUUUUCCGCGGGGAUGUCUAGCGCGGAUUGCGUUAUUGCUAUCUCGGAAAUGUUGGAUCGACAUCGGAACGAAAUGUGACUAGCAAGUCGCCCCAAGUUGGACAUGCCACCAGAAUAAUCUUCUUGUAUAUACUCUUUUCGAUACCCCUCCUCUGCUUGAGACAUUGGCUUGUGCUUGAGCUCUAUUAUCUUCUACACACACACACCAUGGCCCCCGCGCUACUUACUGCCGUCGACUCGGCCUCACAUAUCCAUCUUGUCAUCGGCUCGAAUCCGCUCGCCGGCGCGCGAUGCACACGAUCAAUCGAAGUCGGCGCACACCCUGUAUUGAUUGCCCCGGAGGAUGCGACAUUACACUACGGCUUGGUGAAGCGCAUUGAAGAAGG